AGCUGGGUGGGUGUUUUGGCUAUCCUGUCUUUUUCGUGCUUGCGCUUGCCUUUCUAUUUUUUGUUUUUGUUUCCCAGAAAAAUUAAAGUUAUGCAUAAAAAGUUGUGUGAAGUCUGUUUGGCCCGUAUCGUCGAACCAUGGACUGGGGUGAAUCCAUCCAUAUCUGGAAAGUUGCUGGCACCUGAUUCUUAUCUACCAUGUGCAAUCAUUUACUUUUUAUUAUUUUGUCUUGUUGAAUCAAAGAAUACAGUAACCGUCCGCGCCCCCGACUCCCCCUGUCGCCGCUUAUAUUGCGCACCCAGAAACUCCUUCGCCUUCACAGCCUCCCCCAUAUAAUCAGCGCCCUCGACGUCCGUUUCAUAAUUCAUCAAAACCGCCUCCAUCGUCGUAUCGGCAUGCGUAUCCGACGUAGCCGCCCAAACCGCCUUCAGCACAUCAGGCACAAACCCCGCUCCAU